GUAGAAGAAGAGCUGUCAAAUUCAAAUUUCCAUAACAGUAAAAAAUUUCAAAUAAAGCUAUAAUAAUCAACGAUGUGUUUGAAGCAAAAAAUGAUGGAUAAAACAAAUUCCCAUGUCAAAAAUAGUAUUCGUGAAAUAUUUUCAAACUGUCAGCGUACUACUGCUGUACACCAAAGAAGUUCUAUUAUGUUAAAACAAUUAUAUGAGGAGUCGGAUCACGAAGAAUUCUGGUCACAUUUAAGAGGUGUAAUUUCCACUUUAUUGCUAUGUGAAAAUGGUCCUCACAUCGAUAAACUUUUAAGUUUUAUCGGAACAUUUUGCUCAUUACUUAAAUCGAAUGUUAAUCCCAAUGACCAAGAAGAUGUAGUAGAACAUGCACUUCUUAUGGAAAUUAUGAUUUUUGCAUUAAAGACUUCAGAACUAAGUAAAGACAUUAUUAGAAUUAGAUCCUGUCAGAUAAUUAAUAUUGUUUUGGAUAAACUUGUUGAAGCAGACAUUAGUAUAGAACUGUGUGAUAAACUGGAGAAAACCUUACUGGAAAGAUUGAAGGAUUCCAAGAAUAUUGUCAGGCAACAAGCUGUUAAAGCUUUAUAUCGAUUACAGGAUCCUUCAAAUCCUGAAGAUGUAAUUAUUUCAGAGUUUGUACGUUUGAUGACAGAUAGUUCUCCAAAGGUACGAAAAGUUUGUGUUGAAAAGAUUGCAGUUAGAAAAGAUGUUAUUCCACACAUACUUAUGAGAAUUCGAGAUAUAGAUCCACAAGUAAGAUUAGCUGCUUUCAAAAGAUUGUCAGGUUUUGUGGGAUUCCUCAAGAUACAUGAGAAACAAUUAGUUCUCCAUUUGGGAUUUCUAGAAAAAUCUGAGGAAAUUGCAGACUUUAUGUGCACAAAAUUAGUGAAAAGUUGGUUGGAACAUUACGAUAACGAUAUAUUGAAAUUCAUGAAUUCUAUAAGACUAGAUGCUGAUGAAAAAGAUAUUAAAAAUACAGUGGAAUUGUUUGAGUCUGUAUUGAAAGUUAUAUUCAAAGAUACCCCGAUUGCAACUCUAACCGAAACUCUACCAUUAGAUGAAAAUCACUUAGUUCCAUUUGAUAAAUUAAAUUGGGAAGUUGUUAGUUAUUGGAGAAUUUAUGUGAAACACUUGAGUAAAGAAGAAAACCUUUUGGAAGACGAAUUGGAAAAUGUUAUUCCAGAGCUGGUACACUUUUGUAAAUAUAUUAAAGAGUAUUAUGUGGAUAUGCCUAAAGAAGUAACGAGCGAAGAAUUCUUAGAACAACAGUUUAUAAUUAAACAAUUGUUUUUAAUAACAAAAACUUACGAUUACGGAGAUGUGACUAACAGAAAAUGCUUAAACACUUUAGUAUCUAACAUAUUGGAAAAUGCAGUUUUAAUAUCAGAUGUUACUCAAACUGUUGUGAGUACUUUGGAAAAUUCCAUACCGAAUCAAGCAAAACAGACCCUUUACAUUAGUGAAAUAAUAUCUGAAAUUUUAUUUUCUUUGAAUCAUGAGGAAGCGCAAAAGUUACAACAAGAAAAGGAUUUUAAGAUUUCAAAAAUAAAAGUAGAUAUUGAUAUACUCAAAACUGAACAAGAAAAUGCCAUUUCACAUCAAAAUUUUAUCGAAGCUGAGAGAUUAAAAAAUGAAUUGAACAAUCUAAUCGUGGAAUUAGAGGAUUUGAAGAAAUCACAAAGUGAACAGAUGCAACACAUCAAAAAAAAAACUGACAUUUUAACAACAAUCAAAUGUUUGGAUAUUGCCGCAGCUGUACUCAUUCUACCAAAAGUGACAGAAUUCACAGCUUCUUUGAAAAAUUUGAAAGAAGAUUUCAUACAAGAAUUAUUGAUACAUGAUGAUGAUAAUGUCAGAGUUAAAGCACUACACUGUUAUGCUUUGUGUUGUAUUAUAGAUAAAGAAACAGCCGCCACUGGUAUCCAUAUAUUUUCAACACCUAUUUUUGCUUAUCAAAACGGAGAAGAAUGUGAUACCCAAACUCUGCUUGUUUGUAUAGCUGCAGUAGUUGAUUUGUUACGAAUAUAUGGCGCUCAAUUAAUAGCCGCUCGAAAUAGUGAAGUAUUAUCUGAAAGUAUGGAUGAACAAGAACAGGCCAUCUUCUCCGGAGGUACGUCUCUAACUAACAUUUUGCAAGGAUUGGUCGAUAUGAUGGAUGACGAUCAAUAUGAUAUUCAAGAACAAGCAGGGCGAGGAUUAUGUCAAUUAGUGUUAAGUAAUAGAAUUGUAUCGCCAUCGCUUAUUUCCAGAUUAAUUCUUAAAUGGUGCAAUCCUGCUUCCGACGGAGAAUGCAAUAGAUUGAAACAAAUAAUAGGAUUUACUCUAGAGAAUAUUCCAUUGAUCGACGAAUGUACUGAACAGCUGAUAGAAGCAGUUUUUAUAACUAUUAAAGUUUUGUACUCGGCACCUAAUACGAGUCCAUUGGCUGAUGUUAAUGUAGAAAAUAUUGGAAAAUUUCUAUUGGCAUUAUGUAAAGUUUCCCCAAAAGCUGAUUAUAUAAAUAGUAAGAUAGCUUCAACAAUAUUCAAAAACAUCAUUGACGAUCCGAAAAAUAAAAUUAAUGGAUUAUACUCGAAAUUACUCAUAGCCAUCGAUAUUCCUUGUAAUGUAACAUCUAUAGAAGAUCUACUUAAUUAUUGCGAUGGAGUUCGCAAUGUGAUUGUUGAUAAGAAAAUUGAGAAAAAUAUUAUCAAAUUCGCUGCAAGAUUAAAUACGAAAGCUUUUAAUUUUGAACAAACUAUAAAAUCUACAAAUGAUAACGGAUCAAUUCAGCAAACUAUUUAUGAAGAAAACGAAGAUUGAAAAUUGAUGUAAUUAUUGCCAUAUGUAUCGACACAAAAACAUUUUUUUUAACUGUGUAGAUAAGUUUCUAAAGUUGAUUUAGGUGGUGUCUUUUUGAUUUUCAAAACUGGUAGAUGUGCAAAUGAAUGUUAAGCUAUAAUAAUUAUUUUUAAAAGAGGUAUAAGGACGCUAAAAUAAAUAAGAGUAAGAAAUUAUAUUAAUGGAAUUAGAAUGUGUAAAGUGUAAUUCUUAGAUACAAGGGAUAAGUAAAAAGAGAGAGUAAAACUACAAAGUGUUUCAGAUGAAAAUAUUUAAUCAAGAAUAUUGUAAUUUAUUAUUAUACAUAUCUUCAAUUCAUUUUAUAUAUAGCAGAAACAACUUUAUUUAUUUAAUAACAUUAUAAUUCACA